CAACGGGUCUAAUCCACAGAAGACUGUGCUUUUUCCUGGCACUGCCCACAUCUGAAUUAGGAUAAAUCCAAUUUGUCGGCUUUGGACCACGGUUUAAUCCCCUUGAAUAUUCUUUACUUGGUCGGUUUCGUAUCUGUUUUCUACCACUAAACCUGGAUUCAACAAUUUGCGUCGCGCUGUUUAAAAUGUAGGUUAUUUUACAUCCUUACAAAACACGCGCUCAACAUUGUCGCGUUCACGCGGAUUGAGUGCAUCCGUACAAAGGCUGUGUGGGGUGGCAGUCUGGAAUAUGCAUAAUCAAGCUCCUGUUGUGCGGUAACGUGGGAAACUACAGGCAGAGGUUGGUGCACACCAUCUGGAGCUCUUCUCAUCUCCGACAGGUGUGAGGCUGUGCGCAAAGCCGACCUGGCUGGUAUAUUUUCCGCGCAGACAGGCGUCCUGGGAGAGAUCGCCGAGUGCGUCUAACAUGUGGACGCGGAACGCAUGCAACAGAGCGCCUUAAACAUGUGGAGGAGCCGACAGCGCACACAUAUGGGACUUCCAGUGCUUUUCAGAUGCCUUGUAUUUACAGUGUUGGUACCCACCUGGCUGCUUGCUGCUCCAAGUGGGAUCCGUGAUCGUCCUUGCCCCCAGAGCUGUAGAUGUGAUGGUAAAAUAAUAUACUGCGAAUCCAACGCCUUCCGUGACAUUCCAAACAAUGUGUCUGUAGGCACACAGGGUCUGUCCCUGCGUUACAACAGUCUAGUGAACCUCAGAGCCCACCAGUUCGCAGGGCUGAGUCAACUAGUCUGGCUCUACCUUGACCAUAAUUACAUCAAUGCUGUGGAUGGCCAGACUUUCCAUGGGAUACGGCGGCUCAAAGAACUGAUUCUGAGCUCAAAUAAGAUCACAAAACUUGAAAACAACACUUUCCAUGACGCUCCUAAUUUACGUAAUCUUGACCUCUCCUACAACAAACUGCAGGUUCUCAAGCCUAAACAGUUCUUCGGUCUACGGAAACUGCUUAGUUUGCACUUGAGGUCCAAUUCCUUAAAAACUGUCCCAAUGCGAGUUUUCCUUGACUGUCGCAACCUGGAAUUUCUUGAUAUUGGUUACAACAGGCUACGGAGCCUCACACGUAAUGCCUUUGCAGGACUUCUUAAACUCAUUGAGCUUCAUUUGGAGCACAACCAGUUCUCAAAGAUAAAUUUUGCUCAUUUCCCCCGCCUGACUAAUCUGAGGGCACUUUAUUUACAAUGGAACCGUAUCAAACUGCUAACCCAAGGCCUGCCAUGGAUAUGGACUGCCUUGCAAAAGCUGGAUCUUUCGGGAAAUGAACUCCAAGUGCUGGACCCAAGUACAUUUCAAUGCCUCCCUAAUCUCCAGACACUCAAUCUGGACUCCAACAAACUCACUAAUGUGUCUCAGCAGACGGCAGAGACUUGGAUCUCCCUCACGACCAUCAGUCUGGCUGGUAAUUUGUGGUACUGUAACCCCAACAUAUGUCCCCUGGUGGCCUGGCUCAAGACCUUUAAGGGUAACAAGGAGUCCACUAUGAUUUGUGCUGGCCCUAAGGAGGCACAAGGAGAGAAAGUGACUGAUGUGGUGGAGACCUAUAACAUCUGUACAGCAACAUCAACUACUAUCACCUCAACAGCAUCUCCCCUCACUUAUACAUUUCCAGCAGAGCUGCUGCCUCUUCCCACGCAGUCUACGGUGGAUAAGAAGCUGAUCUCGAACAAGACAGCCUCCCCGGCUCCUUCAGAGGUCUCCCCCACCAUCCCCUUUCCCGAUACUGAGUAUGUGUUCUUCCACAAGAUCAUAGCUGGUAGCGUAGCCCUCCUCUUAUCUGUGGCUAUUAUUCUACUGGUAAUCUUUGUCUCAUGGAAGCGCUAUCCCAGCAGCAUCAAACAGCUUCAGCAGCGCUCAACGGUUAAAAAGCGUCAGAAAAAGGCACGGGAGACUGAGCGCUCCCUUAAUUCACCACUGCAAGAGUACUAUGUGGACUACAAGCCUUCACACUCAGAGACUAUGGAUGUGCUGGUUAAUGGGACAGGACCUUACACAUACACCAUCUCAGGCUCCAGGGAAUGCGAGGUAUGACCGUUGCCCUCCAAAAAUCCAUUUCCACUGCGAGGCAUGAGAGGUAAAUUUUCCAACAAUCUAUGGAGAAAAGUCCUUUUUUCCCCCCCUUGGUCUUGUCUGUUUUUUGGGAUUAGGAAAUAAAGGUCAGUGCAUGGUGACUUGUUUUCCAAUAUGAUGGAU